GGGCGGUCCCUGCUUCCGGCUUGAGAAAUCGUCGCGUUUCUGAGGCGACGCCUCAGCCGGCAGUUGGCCACCGCGCAGGGAGCUGCUCGGAGCGGUGGUCUCGGCCCCGGCGUCACCAUGGGGGCCGUGCUAGGCGUCUUCUCCCUGGCCAGCUGGGUUCCAUGCCUCUGUAGUGGAGCAUCAUGUCUGCUGUGCAGUUGCUGUCCCAUCAGCAAGAAUUCCACUGUAACUCGACUCAUUUAUGCUUCCAUUCUCUUCCUUGGCACUGUUGUGUCUUGCAUCAUGAUGACAGAAGGUAUACAAACUCAGCUAAAGAAGAUUCCUGGAUUCUGUGAAGAAGGAUUUCAAAUCAAGAUGCCUGAUAUGCUAAAGGCAGAGAAAGACUGUGAUGUGCUGGUCGGUUUUAAAGCUGUAUAUCGGAUCAACUUUGCUGUAGCCAUCUUUUUCUUUGCCUUCUUUUUGCUCAUGUUAAAAGUAAAAACAAGUAAAGAUCCCAGAGCCGCAAUACACAAUGGGUUUUGGUUCUUCAAAAUUGCUGCCAUUAUUGGUAUCAUGAUUGGAUCUUUCUAUAUCCCUGGGGGCCAUUUUACUUCAGUCUGGUUUAGUGCUGGCAUGUUAGGGGCCACUUUCUUCAUCAUCAUCCAACUGGUGCUCUUGGUAGACAUGGCUCACUCUUGGAAUGAAUUAUGGGUAAAUCGAAUGGAAGAAGGAAACCCAAGGCUCUGGUAUGCUGCUUUGCUGUUUUGUACAAGCUUGUUUUAUAUCCUUUCGAUCAUAUUUGCUGUGUUGUUCUACAUCUUCUACACCAAACCAGAUGGCUGCACAGAAAAUAAGGUCUUCAUCAGCCUUAACCUGAUUUUUUGUGUUGCUGUUUCUGUUGUAUCCAUUCUCCCCAAAAUUCAGGAACAUCAGCCUCGUUCUGGCCUCCUGCAGUCCUCCAUUAUCACUCUGUAUACCCUUUACCUCACCUGGUCAGCCAUGAUCAACGAGCCUGACCGUUCCUGCAACCCCUCUCUCAGGAGCAUCAUUACACACUUAACUUCACCCACUGUGUCUCCAGCAAAUUCAACUACUCUUGCUCCUACUUAUACUCCACCGUCACGGAGUGGACAUUCUAUGAAUUUGGAUGAUUUUGGGGGGCUGUUUAUCUUUGUUGUCUGCGUUAUAUAUUCUAGCAUCCGUACUUCAAGCAAUAGCCAAGUUAACAAGCUGACCCUCUCUGGGAGUGAUAGUGUUAUCCUUGGUGAUACCACCAAUGGAGCCAACGAUGAAGAAGAUGGACAGCCUCGUCGGGCUGUGGACAAUGAGAAGGAGGGGGUGCAGUAUAACUACUCCUUCUUCCACUUGAUGCUCUGCUUUGCUUCUUUGUACAUCAUGAUGACCAUAACCAGCUGGUACAGUCCUGAUGCCAAGUUCCAGAAAGUAUCCAGCGGUUGGCUACCUGUGUGGGUCAAAAUGGGCUCCAGCUGGGUGUGCCUCCUCCUUUACCUCUGGACUCUUGUGGCUCCACUCAUCCUCACAGGUCGGGACUUCAGCUGAGCUUCGGAGUGCCAAGGAUACUGCUAAAGCUGACAAAGCUCCUUUGCUGAAAACACAUAUCCCUUCUCGUUUCAUCAACUAAACUGUUAAGUGAACGCUUUACAAAUUUGGCUGUAUUCAUGUUUAUAUCAAAAGGCAAGAAAUGAAUAAUGCUUGAUGCAGAAUCUGAACUUUCAUAUAUAUAUAUAUAUAUGUGUGUGUGUGUAUACACACACACACACACACACACACACACACGUUUAUUUGUAAGGCUAUAGCACAAAGGGAACAUUUUGUGUUUUAGCGUGAACUGCAGCUGUGCUGUGAAGAGAGUUCUUUAUAAAGACCUGUAGAUUCCUACUUGGGUUUAAAAUGUAAGUUAGAAGAUUGUUGGAUAUUUGAGACAAUCUUUAAUAUAUUUCUAUUGCAGUCUCCUUAAAAACUAAAAAAGGAAUGCAUUAAUCCACAGUUCCCUCAGUAGAGGUCUUUGCUGAGUGACACAGGCACACUGUUUCUUCCAUUGGUUCUUCAGAGCUAGCAUCCUGGUUUGUGGAAAGGAAUUAUGGAUGUAGGUCCUUUCCCAGAAACAUGGCUGCUGAUGAGGCUGAGAGAAGGCUAUUGAGUUCCUUUACUUACUUUUUAUACUACACUGCUGCUUGAUAGAAGUCUGUGGCUUUGUCAGAUAUGUCAUCCCAGUAAAUGCUUUGUGGAUUUGAUUAACUGAAAGUUCACUUGGGAAAUGCUGCAGUGUUAUGUACUGAUCUUGUUAUAAGUGUGUAAAAGUCAGAGGCAUGUUAGUUUAUUACAUUUGCAUUAUAAAAGUACUUGAUUAAAAUAGAUAUUUAGUUU